ACUGUACUUACUCGUUCAACAUGCGUGCGCGAACGGUAUUUUCGGUAUUUCUCUAUUAAACCACUGCUUGCUUCACUAUGUCGCCUUGUGGGGCUUAUGAAAAAGGUGUGCCAUCCAGAAGUUUAUAUAAUUUUAGAGUGCUCGCUCAAAAACUUGAUGAUGCUACUGAAAAAGGUAGAGAAGAAGGCAUCAAAAUCGGCGAAAAAAAGGAGGGGUUAAUGCCAACACAGAAAGAGCUUCGGGCUACGAUGUCCAAAAAAUUACAGGAAGCUAUUAAACAUCCAGAUCCAACAGUUGCUGCCGGGAGGAAGUCAGCUAUCAAGAGAUGGGUGGGGGUCCUUCAAGAUAACUUUAUGGGGCACAUAAAAUACUUUAAAGAUGAUAAGCUGAAGUUUUUGCAUGAAGUGUUCCAAGAUGGAGACUGCUGGUCAGGUAUAAGAUUAAAUAAUGCUGCUUUAGGUCAAAGGUUUACUGAAGAGAAAAUAGGUGGAAUAGAUAAUCCACUUUCAGAAUAUAAUAUAGCUUGUAGGUAUUGCGUAGUAGAUAAAAUUCCUUCCCUCUUUGAGAAGCAAUUUGAUUCCUAUAAAAGAAGUUUUUCAUCUAAUGCAGUUGAUGGUAAUGGUCGUCCUGUAAAAGAUGAUAAUAAAUACAUACUAAAUUCACUUUUGUAUGGGAUGAAAAGGGAAGAUCCUGUAUUAAGUUUCUGGAUCGAUAGAGAAUCUGGGGGAUUAAAGCAACCAAGUAAUGCGUCAGAAGGUUUUGACAGUGCUGUAAAACUUGAAUGGAGCGAAGGAGUAGAGUAUUUUUAUAAUCAUUUAAAAGAAGAAGAUAAGGAAAAGAAACUUACAGAAGCUAUUAUUUCAAUAUCACUCAGUUUCAUUUCUAUAUAA